AUGACUGUAAAUAACAAAUUUGAGACGCUGUUUGCCGUGCCCAUGCACUGCGAAGGCUGUGUCAAGAGUGUCUCAGAGUCUCUGUAUAAACUCGACGGUAUCUCGAAUGUCGAGGCCAACCUGAAGGACCAGCUGAUCAGGAUAGAGGGAACCGCACCACCAUCAGCGAUCGUUGCGACUAUCGAGGCCACAGGGAGGGAUGCCAUCCUGCGUGGAUCGGGAGGAUCAAACAGCGCGGCCGUAAGCAUCCUGGAGACCUUUGACCAGAACAGCCUACAUGAGGCGGUCCCAGACGACGGCAAGAAACGUGAGGUCCGCGGCCUUGCCCGCAUGGUAGAGGUCUCGCCCACCGUGACCCUCGUCGACCUCACCGUCCGCGGCGUCGAGCCGGGCACCUACCGUGCCACGAUCCGCGAGUACGGCGACCUGAAGAACGGCGCAUCAUCGGCAGGGCCCGUGUGGAAGGGCGGUGACCUGACGACCGAGCAACAGCAGCAGCAGCAGCAGCAGCAGGCCAGAGGGGACCUGGGAACCGUGGAGAUCGGCGCCGACGGGCGGGGUGCGGUGUUCCUGGACAAGCCGUUCCAGGUGUGGGAGGUCAUUGGGCAUGCGUUUGUGGUCACGCGGCAGGAUGAGGGCAAGGACCACCCGCCUCUGCGGAACGACGAGAACACGGUGGUGGGGGUGAUAGCGCGAAGCGCGGGCAUGUGGGAUAAUGAUAAGACGGUGUGCUCGUGCACGGGGAAGACACUCUGGGAGGAGAGGAAGGACGAGGUCAAGAAGGGUAUGCUGUGA